AUGGUUGAAUACAUUGACGUUUGCAAUGAAGAUGGAACAUCAGCAGGUUAUUCAGCACCAAGAUCAGAAAUUCAUGAAAAAGGAUUAUGGCAUAGAGUUGUUCAUAUAUGGAUUGUAGAUUCAAAUGGAAUGGUUCUAAUUCAAAAAAGAGCAGCUCAUAAAGAAUCUAAUCCGUCAAUGUGGGAUAUAUCAUGUGCUGGUCAUAUCGAAGCUGGUAUGAAUAGUAAAGAAACCGCAAUUAAAGAAUUAUUCGAAGAAUUGGGUCUACUAUAUUCACAAAACGAUUUAGAAUUAUUAUUUUCAUAUAAUAAGAAAUCAAUUUUAAAUAAUGGUAAAUAUUUAGAUUUUGAAAUUCCAGAUGUUUAUUUAAUUACUUUAGCCCAUCCAUUAAAUUUAGGUACAUUAAACCUACAAAUUGAAGAAGUUAGUGAUGCAAAAUUAGUUACACCUAAUGAACUUUAUCAAUUAAUUACAGAAGAGAAUUCAACAUUUGCACCAUUAUAUGAUGCUGAUGAUAAACCUUUUAAAGCUCACCCAUAUUUUAAAUUAUUUGAAACUUUAGCUGAAAAAUUUCCAACUCCAACAAAUAAAAAUUUAUUAAACUAA